UGCACCCUGUCCCUCUUGGCCACCUGGUGGUCAGGUGUGGCCCUGCCGUAGGGCCCUCCCUUACCUGGGCAGUCCCCGCCCAGGGAGCCAGGAGAGACGGAAACGCUGCAGGCUUGGCGCCAUGGAGGAACACCGGACCUGGGACCCUGACGCCUGGGGCCCCUCUGGGGAGCAGCCAGCCCCUCGGAAAGCCAGGGGAGGCCAGUCCUUGGCCUCUGUGCUGCACCAGCUCCCCAGUGCUGCUACCCUUCGGUACCGUGGCCCUGGGGUGCUGCCCUGGGGGACCCUGGAAGAGGAGGAUGAGGAUGGAGAGAGGAGCAGGCAGGCCUCUGCAGAAGCCAGCCAAAGCGAGCUGCGGGACCCUCGCCCGUCCCGGGAGCUGCCGUGGCCCAUGCGGGCCAGGAGGGCUCACAGAAAGAGCCAGGCCAGGGAACAAGUGGCCUUGGGCUCUGGACYGAGGACUGCCCACUGGGCACGGCUGCUCCCUCGGUCCAAGGAGAAGAUGAAGGAAGGCUUGCGCAGCCUACAGCCCUGGGCCUGGACCCUGAAGAGGAUCGGGGGCCAGUUUGGCGGGGGCACCGAGUCCUACUUCUCCCUGCUGCGCUUCCUGCUGCUGCUCAACGUGCUGGCCUCUGUGCUCCAGGCCUGCAUGACGCUGCUGCCCACCUGGUUGGAAGGGGCUCCCCCCGGCCCUCCCGGCCCUGGUACCUCCUCGCCCUGCGGCUCCUAUAGCCCCCACACCCAGGGCCUGGUCUCCUUUCCCACGCAGCUUUUCAACCUGCUCUCUGGAGAGGGUUACCUAGAAUGGUCCCCUCUCUUCUACGGGUUCUACCCGCCCCGCAAGUACCUGGCCGUGACCUACCUGUGCUCCGUCUUUGCCGUGAGCCUCAUCUGCCUCCUGCUCAUCCUGCACCGCUCGGUGUCGGGACUGAAGCAGACCUUGUUGGCUGAAUCCGGGGCUCUGACCAGCUACAGCCACCACGUGUUCUCAGCCUGGGACUUUGGCCUCCGUGGGGACGAGAAUGUGCGGCUGCGCCAGGGCAUCAUUCUGUAUGAGUUGCAGGUGGAACUGGAGGAAGCAGUGGUCCGACGCCAGGCUGCGGCUCGGACACUGGGCCAGGAAGCCAAGGUGUGGCUGGUGCGYGCGCUGCUCAACCUGCUGGUGUUGGCGCUCCUGGCCGCGGCCUUUUACGGGGUCUACUGGGCCACAGGAUACACCUUGGAGCUACAGGAGAUGUCCCUUGUGCAGCAGACCCCACUGCUAAAGCUUGUAGUGAAUUAUCUUCCGUCCAUCUUCAUCUCCGUGGUCAACUUCGUGCUGCCGUUUGUGUUCAAUUUGAUCGCCCCACUGGAGGGCUACACUCGGAGCCGCCAGAUCGUUUUUAUCCUGCUCAGGACUGUGUUUCUGCGCCUUGCAUCCCUGCUGGUCCUGCUCUUCUCGCUCUGGAAUCAGAUCACUUGCGGGGGCGACGCCCAGGCUGAGGACUGCAAGACCUGCGGCUAUAAUUACAAGGAACUUCCGUGCUGGGAGACUCGUCUGGGCCAGGAGAUGUACAAACUCCUCAUCUUUGAUUUUCUGAGCGGCCUGGCGCUCACGCUGCUCUUCCAGUUUCCUCGGAAGCUCGUUUGUGGCUUCUGUCCUGGGGCGCUGGGUCGAGUCGCCGGGACCCAGGAGUUCCAGGUGCCCGACGAGGUGCUGGGGCUUAUCUACGCCCAGACGGUGGUCUGGGUGGGGAGCUUUUUCUGCCCUUUACUGCCCCUGCUCAACACGGUCAAGUUCCUGCUGCUUUUCUAUCUGAAGAAGGUCACCCUCUUCUUCACCUGCUCUCCAGCCUCCCGCACCUUCCGGGCCUCCACCGCGAAUUUCUUUUUCCCUCUGGUCCUUCUCUUGGGUCUGGCCAUCUCUGCUGUCCCGGUGUUUUACAGCAUAUUCCAGAUCCCACCUUCUAAGGCGUGCGGUCCAUUCCGGGGGAAGUCAUCCAUCUGGGCCCAGAUCCCUGAAUCCAUUGACAGCCUCCCUCAGACCACCCAGAAUUUUCUCUUCUUUCUGGGGACCCAGGCUUUUGCUGUGCCUCUCCUGCUGAUCUCCAGCAUCCUGAUGGCGUAUACCGUGGCCCUAGCUAACUCUUAUGGACGCCUCAUCUCUGAGCUCAAACGCCAGAUAAAGACGGAAGCGCAGAAUAAAGUCUUCCUGGCACAGCGGACAGUGGCAAUGAGCUCCGCCAAAGGGGCUUCGACCAGCGUGUCUCGGGAUGACGUCCCACCGUGAGGCCCCAGACUUUCCCCAGAAAYGAUGACGGCCUCCCAGCCCUGUCCCGAGAUUUCCAGAGCUUCCGCUGCCAAGUACGGACGGUCUAAUUGAACCUUCUGAUCACUUCAAUAAACA